AUGUCAUUAAUUUCAGAUAUAGAAAGUAGAGUAUCAAAUGUUGAAAAAUAUUUUGAUAUAAACACAAUAUGUAAAAGUGGAUGUACAAUUUGCACAAAAAUACAAAAAUGUACAGUUAAUUGUUCUUGUUUAGGUAGUUGUAACAAUUCUAAUGAAAUGAAUGAUUCAUUAUUUUUUAAAGUUUGGAGAAAUAUAGUAAUAAGAAGAACAAUCAUUGGCAAAGAAAUGAUUGAAAAAUUAAAACCAAAAAAUGAAGUAAUGGAUAAUGUUAUUGAAAAUUUAAAAUACUAUCAAAUUAAUUAUGAUAGAGAAUUUAUUUUUGAGGAAGUUAAAAAAUUAAAAGAUAUUACCGAUGUAAAAUUUUCUGCAGAAUUAAUUGUUCAACCAUUUUUUCUGAAAAUAAUGGAAGUUAAAGAAUAUCAAUUAAGUAAUGCACUCUCAAGUGAGAAUUUAAUUGUUCGUUUAAAUAGUCCAAGGGUAAAGGAAUAUAUUCAAAGUAUUGAUCCAUUGGUUCAAUCAGUUUUACCAUCACUAUUUGAAAUCGUUGAAAAAGAAAAACAAGAAAUCAAUGAAAUUCUCUCAAACAUUCAAAUGUUUUAUGAAUUGGAAGAUAUUGAAUAUCAAGGUGUAAGUGAAACAAUUAGAAAUUUUAUUUCAAGAUGUAAUGAAAAUUAUGAAUCUUUAAUUAUUGAUGAAUUAAGCUCAAGAUAUGAUCAAAAGAAAAAAUACUUAACAAAAUCAUUAGAAUAUUUUAAAAUUUAUACACCAAAAUAUCAAUAUCAAAUUGAUAAAUAUUUAAAUACUCAUAAAACCAAUGAAAUUAAAUCAAAUAAUGUAUGGUCACAUAAUAAAAUAAUUUGUAAAGAAAGAUACAAAUAUUAUAAAGAAAAUCAUCCAACAAUUAAUCUUAUUAAACUUAUGGAGGAAUUAAUUAACCACAACAUACCAUAUAGAGAAAAUAGUGAAAUAAUUCAAAAUUUUAUUAAUUUUUUACCACCAAAACAAUUUUUUUAUAAAGAUUAUAAAGAUAAUUAUAAUUGUAAUAAUUAUAAUAAUAAUAAUUAUAAUUAUAAUAAUUAUAAUAAUAAUAAUAAUAAUAAUAAUGAUGAUGAUGAUUUUUAUUAUUGUUUAGAAGAACAAUUUAAAUCAAAUGGUUUAUCAAUAAAUGAUAUUGUUCAACAUGAAAGUGAUACAAUUUUUUCAAUUAUUAAAAUUCUUCAAAAUGAAUUUAAUUCACAUGGUAUUCAAUUUAAUGGUGAAUCAGAGAGUAUUCAAAUAUUUAUUAGUAAAACAUCAAGUGUAAAUAGUGAUAGUUUUAAUAAACAAUUAUCAUCUCUAUUAUCAAUUGAAAAAUCAUUUAAAAUCAAAUUGAAAAUUGAAGAAUUUAAAAAUCAAUUAUUAAUUAAUGGUAUUCAAAAUCCAAAAUAUCCAGAACAACAUAGUAAAUAUUUAAAUUCACUUUGUCAAUUCAAAGAUCCAUCUUUAUCUUUUAAUUAUAAUGAUGAUAUAUGGUCACCUCAAACCAUCAUUAAAAAAGAAUUGGAAGCAAUAUCAAGAAUAAAUAAUUUAAUUACUUGUUUAAGUAAUGUUGGUAUCACUUUUCAAAAUAAUACUACUAGUAAUAAAUUAGUUAAUGACUAUAUCUAUAAUAGAGAUAAAAAUGGUAAUCAACUUUCAAUUGAAGCUUCAGUUAGUUUAUUAAAUGAAAUUAUUAAAAAAGAGAAAGAACAACAACAAGACCAACAAAAUCAACAAGAACAACAAGAGCAACAAGAUGAUGAUGAUGAUGAAUACUUUGAAGAUUAUGAAGAUGAAGAUGAAGAUUAUCAAUAUGAUGAAUAUGAUGAAAAUGAUGAAAAUGAUUUAUAUGAUUGUUGA